GCUUUUUCUUUGAGCCGACCAUAUUCACAGGUGUUACGGAUGAGAUGUUCAUCGCUAUAGAAGAGUCCUUUGGCCCGGUGAUGAUAAUAUCCAAGUUCAGUGACGGCGACAUCGACGGUGUUCUGGUACGGGCAAACAACACGGAGUACGGCUUGGCGUCCGGCGUCUUCACCAAGGACAUCAGCAAAGCUCUGUACGUCAGCGAGAAGCUCCAGGCCGGCACGGUGUUCGUCAACACUUACAAUAAAACGGACGUGGCCGCGCCAUUCGGAGGCUUCAAGCAGUCGGGAUUUGGCAAAGAUCUAGGUAAGAAUAACUUUGACUUUAUACCGG